GUUUCUUCCUAAAUCCAGCUUGAAAUUUUGUUAAAAUGUUAUUUCGCUCAAUAAAUUCAAUGAGCUGUCCGUAAAUAAUUUCUUCAAAAACUUUUUCAACAUCUGGCAGAACAUUUAAUGGCCGCAUAUUGGUGUACAACUCAGAAUUCUUAACUUUAGAGACAGGAGUUAUGGUAGAACACUUCAGUUUUGUUGGAAAUUCGCCAUAUUUCAACAUAAAAAUCAUGAACAUGUACCAUACAAAUUCGUAGAGUAAUAAAAUUGCGUCUAGCAACGUAUACCCACUUAACAUUACUGGAAUCAUUGAUUAACGUAUUUACGUAUUAUCUAAUCCGUCCGAACGCUAUGGGCUUCAAAUGCCUAAAAACAAAAAUGCUCACCCGUUCUCAUUAUUUAAACCCUAAGAUGAUUAAUCGAAAUUGUAUGACUAUAUCUUGUAAUGGAAACGUUUGCCGUUCUGAAUUAAUGUUUCAUGCAUUUUUUAAUGCUUUGUAUCAAACAAACAACGCGAGUUUGACCUUUGUUUUAUUUUUUAUUCUAGGGGGAAAAUCAGACGAAAACUUGAUAAUUCCGAUCAAUGACUCGCUUAGUGGCACACUUUCCAUGGACUUCAUGUGCGCAAAAACAACAAUAAUAGCGAGCCCGGAAUUACAAGAAAACACAUUCUGGCUGAACGGAAAAGAACAAAGCUUCAACAACAAAAGAUUAACUAACUGUUUACAGGAAGUAAAGCGCCUAGCUAGCAAAUCCCUACCUCAUCUGAACUGGAAGUUUUCCAUCAAAUCUGAGAACAACUUCCCGACAGCGGCAGGUCUGGCAUCAUCGGCAGCCGGAUAUGCUUGUCUAGUUUCAGCUUUGGCCAAGCUGUACGAGAUAGAAGAUAAUGUUUCCUUCAUAGCUAGGAUGGGAUCUGGGAGUGCUUGUAGGAGCAUGUAUGGUGGAUGGUUCGGAGAUCGAGCAGACCAUUGAGCCAGGUCCUUCUUGACGUAUCCAACGAUUGUAUGUUCCUGUUAAGCAGUUAAACACGUACUAUCAACCACCAAGAAGCUGCUGGAUGUAACUCAAAAAAAUGCUUGACGUAUUUGAAAGAAGUUUAGUAUAUGUCGAGGAAAUUGUAGUCUCGCGCUCCAGCUAUAGGUUCUUUGGUGUAAAGGAUCAUCUCCUGAUGGUAGGGACUCGAUCGCAAAGCAAAUUGCGCCAGCUUCUCAUUGGCCAGAAAUGAGAGUAUUAAUAUUAGUAGUGAAUGAUGAAAGGAAAAAAGUACAGUUCUACUGAUGCAAUGAAGAGAAGUGUCCGAAACCAGUGAACUUCUUAAAUACAGAGCAAACCAAAUAGUUCCAAAAAUGACCAAAGCAUGCAUAGAAGCUAUU